AUGGCUGCAGUGCCGCGGUGCCCGGACAUUCCUGAGUUCCAGGUCGCCGUGCGCUUCGAUGAUGAUCCUAAUUUCACUUGGCAUCAUCGUAUCCUGUUGCGACGAGUUCGAGACGCUGUGUGGAUCACGCUCACUCCAGAUCUCGACCUCGAGAGGAUCAAUCUGGACGAGCGACGGCAUCGGGUGCUCGAGCGAGGGCAGGCCUUUCCUGAUGCCAUCGCUGGGGACCUCUACGCCUUCGACCCGAUCGGACGAGAGGCGGUCGCAGGGCACAAGAGACGUGCCCAACUUCAGGCGGCCGUGCUCGGCGGCGACGAGGACGAGGCCAUGGACGCUGAGGAGUGGGUCUAUGCUGACCUCGAGGACCCAGCGUUCGGGACGCUCGUCGCCGCCGAUGUCCUCGAGGGGGACGAGUUCGUGGAGCUGGGCAAUCGCGGGCUGGCGCGCCGUGAGGGUACCGCUCGUGGGGUCGAGAAGGUGGGUCGUGCCCGACUGGGAGAAUGGUCCGAGCAGCGUCGAGUCGGCGCCGAGGACAUCAGGAGCUUGGGCGUCCACACUGCAGCAGACGGCACACGUCACCUCGGGUGGACGGACGCCGUCGGCAUGCUGCGCGAGAGCGACAUGCCUGAGUGGAGGUUCGAGGGGCCGCGAGUGUGCAAAGAGCUGGCGGCCUCGAUCCGAGAAGGCGCAGGGAACCCGACUUCCUAUCACGCCGAGUGGAUCAGGUUGUCGGGGGUCGACCAGAACAGCGCCAUCGCCUAUGAGCACAAGAAUGCCAUGGAGAUGCUGCGCGUGGCCACCAGCACCGACCAGGUGGACAUCAGCAACCUGGCCUCGUUCGAGCUCCUCGCGAGGCGGGUCGUCAUGCUGGAGAUGGCGGCGGCGCGCGACCCCAGGGAUCCCGACUUCAGUGGGCUCGGGGUCAUCGCUGACGGCGCUGUGGGGACCGACGGUGCUGCACGAGCGCCAAGGUUCCGCACCUGGGUGUCUGAUCGUCAGAAGGAGAGGGCGAACAUCCUCAAGCAGUCGAGGUUGUACAAGGAGGAGACCAGGAACGAGAGGGAGAGGAGGCGCGGCCCGAAGGGGCCAAAGGGCGGCGAUGCGAAGGGCAAAGGCAGGGGGGCUGGCGGCCAAGGAGCCGAGGCCCCUCUGCCGACCAAGCUGCGAGUGGCCAAGGGAGUGGUGGAACCCAAGGAUGCGAGAGCGCUGCUACCACCUCAUGCAGCUCAGAGGCCCCGACGCUAUAAGACGUGCAUCGAGCUGUCCGCCGAGGAGAUCGAGGCCAAGUUCGCCUCCGAGCCCUCGCCCAAGCCCUACUGGGACCCCGUGCUGCGGCGCAACAAGCGAGCCCGGCACGAGCUGUUCGAGCGUCUCCUCUCUUCGGGCAUCCUGGUGCCUAGGAGGCGUCUCAAGGGCCGCAUCGGACUCUUUUUUGUCAAGAAGAAGGAGGAGGCCAUUCGCCUCAUCGUGGACGCCCGCUACCCGAAUGCCUGCCACAAGCCGCCGCCCACCACGCAGCUGGGGACCGCGCAGUCCUUCGCGGAGCUCAACCUGGCCGAGUUCGCGGACGUGGCGGCGGAGAUGGCGUCUCAUUGCGUUCUGCCUGGUGCUGGGGGCGUCCCGGCCCUGGACUUUCACCAGAGUGGCGCCGACGUGCGCGACGGCUUCUACCAGUUCAGCAUCGUCGAGGUGGCCGACUGGUUCGGGAUCGACGAGUCGUUCAGCAAGGGGAGUUUUGGCAUCACCAGGGUGUUCGACCCCGAGCUGGGCGUGGACGUGGAGCUGGCCAAGCACGAGUCCUUCUACCUCUGCAUGGGGGCCAUGCCCAUGGGAUGGUCGUGGGCCCUCUACUUCUGCAACGAGGCGGUGGCCUCCCGCGCGGCGGCUGUGGCUGCCGACGGGUGGGGCAGCUUGCUCCGAGAGCGCGCCCCGGCCCCCCGCCUGGUCCCUGGUCGGCCCGCCCACGCCGUGUACGUGGACAACCACACAGGGCUGGGGCAUAGCGCCACGGACGCGGAGCAGGCCCACCAGGACUUCCGCGCGCAGCGUGCCGCCUUCGGCCUCGACCUCCACGACGAGGUCCCCUGCAGUCCCUAUCUCGAGGCUCUCGGGCUGCAGUUCGACGGGCCAGGCCGCCGCCUGCGGCAUCGGUCCGCCCGCCUUUGGCGCUUCAAGCUGGCAACUGCGGCUCUGCUUCGCCGCCGUGUGGUGGCAGGAUGGCAGCUCGAGAUCUGGCUGGGCCACGCCGUUCAAAUGCGCGGCCUCUGCCGACCCCUUCUGUCGAUCCUGUCACAGAGCUACGCCUGCGUCGCGGCUCACAAGGAGAGGCCAGGCCGCCUGUGGCGAGGCGUACGGCGCGAGCUCUGGCUCAUGUCCAACCUGGUCUUCACCUGCGAGGUGGAGCUGGACGCGCCGUUCAACUCGUCGGUCUACCUCGGCGACUCGUCGGGCUACGGCUACGCUCUCAUGGAGACGAAGGGCACAGGCGACGAGCUGUUGGAGGACUUCAAGUGGAGGGAGCGCUGGAGGACCGCCUGGGAGCCGCUGGGGGCCCGGACCCGCCUGGCGCAGUGGGCCGUCGAGGCUGCCCACACUGCCGAGGUCGGGGCCGAUCCCAAGCGACGCAGACGGCGGCGCUCGGCCCGAGGGGCCGCGCCGCGUGAGGAGGUGGAAGGCUUCGAGGCCAUCCCCGUGGUCGGCGCCUGCUGGGACAAUAGGCGGCGCUGGCGUACGCUGGUGGAGGGCUUCUGGCACUGGAAGCAGGAACACAUCAACGUCAAGGAGGCUAGGGUCUGUCUCAUGGGUAUCCGACGUAGCUUGCGGACCAGACGGGGCUGCCACCGCCGGCUGCUCACCCUGUCGGACAACCUCGUGUCCGCCGUGGUGUUCGACCGCGGCCGCUCGUCGAGCUGGGCGCUCAAUGCGCUGCGCCGCCGCGCCGCGGCCUACCAGAUUGCCGGCUGUGUGGCAUGGCGGGUUCGCCACAUCCGCACGGACAGGAACCACGCGGACGAGGGCUCCCGUCGUCCCCGAGUACCGCGACGGAUGGGAGGCCGCCGCCUGGGCGCGCCUCGACAUCAUGGCACGCCCCAGGCGAUCCAGGCCUCGCUCGAGCUCUUCUCAGGCUCAGGCCGACUCACCGCUUCUCUCAGGCGCUUGGGGCUGCGAGCAGUUUCUGUCGACAUGGCGCUCUUCACAGCUGGGGUCAUCAAAGAGUGUGACCGCUGUGGCGUACUGUGGUCGCUGGAGAAUCCUGCCAGCUCGAAGUUGUUUCGCUUCGAGCCCCUUGCUGUCCUUGCCAGUCUGUCAGACGCCCGAUACGUCUCGUUCGAUCUUUGUGGAUUCGGAGAAAAUGUUCGCAAACCGACCACCAUCUUCACCAACGCCAUCUGUCUGGACAUCCUGGGGAGAAGAUGUGAUGGGUCACACCGUCAUGAGCCUCUGCAGGGCGGGCUCAAGGCUGGAGCCUACUCGCCCGCCCUCUGCCGAGAGUGGGCUGCCGCGCUAUGCUCGGCGGCGCCUCCUCAGGCCUUCGGCGACUCCGAGCCGCUCGCCUCCGAGCGGGACACGGAGCUGGAGGCGCUGGUGCCGCGGUCGCAUGGUGCUGCAGCGAAACUCGGCGAGGCUCACGGCGGGACUGACGCCGAGAGCCGCGGGCAGCACUUCCUCGCGCGCCACGCCGUCGAGUUCGGCGGCGCGCGGGGUCAUCAAGGCGGCCCUGAGGAGAAGGAGCGGCUGGCGGUGGCGCGCAGGGCGCGGGUCCCGCCUGCGGCGCGCGAUGACUUUCUGCGGCUCGGGACCAUCCGUGACUCCACGAAGCGGCUCUACUCAGACGCGCUCGGCAGGUUCAAAGGCUGGGCGAAGUCGAGGCACUACGAUCUGGGUAGCUUCAGCUCCACGGACUCGGCGAUGGAGCAGUAUUUCACUGACCUGUACUUCGAGGGGUCUGGUCCCGCCGAGGGCCGCAACGUUCUCUACGGCUAUAUUCACUUCGAGACGCACCUGGAUCGGAACAAAGCCAACCUCUUCCCGAAGGCGGCGAGGGCGCUUCGAGGGUGGACCACUCGGGCUCCCCAGCGAGUCCGAGAUCCCAUCCCCUUCGGCGUCGUCUGCCUGAUCGGCCUCUACUUCCUGGACAAAGGCCUGACCCACGCCGCCGUGUGCCUGGCUCAGCAGUUCGACUGCUACCUGAGGCCGGACGAAGCCGCGUCGCUCCUCCUGUCCUCGGUGCUGCCGCCUGCUCCCCGGGCUGGCCGGCGCUACGCGCGGGCCUGGGCGCUGCUCCUGGGCGAGGCCGAGCACGCAGCGCCCACCAAGACUGGGGUCGUGGAUGGGACAGUGGUGAUCGGAGAGCUGCAACGAUCCUGGGUGGCGGAGGCGGUAGGCCUUUGGUACCGCGUGGGCAGUGCAGCUCCCUACAUGUUCGAUCUGACUCUCUCCAAGUAUGAG